GAGAGACAAGCAGAUACCGCCAUGUGGCUUGCCAUGUGGCAGAAAAACCAAGGAUCCCUGGCAGCUGGUCUUCCAGGAAGAAAGCAUCGCCUUGAUUUGGAUGUUUUCUCAGACUCUAACCAUAAGCGAGUAAACCACAUUGUUCAAGCCAAACCAUUUCAUGGUAUAUUGCUUUCAGCAGCCUACAAAACUAAAAUGGUAGUGAUGGUAGAUCAACAUUGUGAAUGUUAUUAACAACAGUGAAUUAUAUAUUUGAAUGUGAUUAAAAGGGGAAAUUUUAGAUUGUAUAUAUGCAACUAGAAUAAAAAAAUUUUUUUUAAUUCCAUGGGAGAAGCUUAAGGGGUGUCGUCAAUAGUGGAAGGUUCUUCAUCCAAUCAUGUCAACUGAUACAGGUGUUUCUCUUUUUUCAUAUGAUGAAGAUCAGGGAUCUAAACUUAUCCAGAAAGCUAGAGAGGCAGCAUUUGUCCCCACGGGGAAUGCAGGUUUUGUAGCAAUUGUUACAUAUGGAUUAUACAAACUGAAGAGCAGGGGAAAUACUAAAAUGUCCAUUCACGUGAUUCAUAUGCAUGUUGUAGCACAAGGCUUUGUUGUGGGAGCAGUGACUCUUGGUAUGGGCUAUUCCAUGUAUUGAGAAUACUGGACAAAACCUUAACUUUAGAAAAAGAGGCCCUGUCUUGGUCUUGAUGGUAUUUGGUUUAGUUAAACACCUCAAAUUGAGGUUACACAUAUAUGUUGAAAAUGAAUCAUUUGAGUAGGUUCAGACAACGUGGUAUUUUGAAUAUUGGCUUGCUUUCUUUCAGGUAUGAUUUGCCUGGUGACCAAAUCAUUGGUGACAAGUUCACUAGGUCAUUCAGGGAAGUCAAGUUAGCACAAAAUAAACAUUAUCCAAAUUCUCUUGAUAAUGGUAAAAUGUCCACAUUCUUAAACUCCUAUGGUGAAAUUAAUUCUAAAAAGGACAGCAGGCCAACCCUGAAGACUUCGAGUUGCUAUGGAAUAUCACAUUAUCUGGUGGUUAUGUGAGAGUGCUAUUUACCCCAAUUAAUUUUUUUCUGCCCACCUUCUGAACUUGUCUAGUAUUUUGGUUUCUAGAGCUGGUUUACUCUUAAAGAAGUCUUUCAGAAAAGUGCAGGGAAUAGUAACAUUGUAAUGCCUUCUACAACUGAAAAUAUGUAUGUGUGUUUAAACUAAACCUAAAAAUCUGGUAACAGAGCUGCUUAAAAGUAGUAUUUAUUUUAGAAUCAUACUUAUAAAUAAACAUAAGGGUAACUUAAUUAUGGAUUCCAGUUUAGUUAUUUUUUAAUUGCAGAAUUAUAUUUUUACGCUAUCAUUAGAAUAAUUUUUAAAUGUCAUCUUGAAAUAGAAGUAUGUAUUUUAAAGUGCUAAUCCAAAAGCAAAUGAGGUCUUUAAAUGUGUAUAGUAUAUUUAUUUUCUCUGUAAGACUCACAAAUGUUAAAAUACAUUACCCGUGUUUUAUAUUUACGAGCAAGUUGGUUUGGCCAGGCAUUAAACACAAACUUUACGUACUACAGAAUGCUUUGUUGCACUUGUGAAAUUCUCGUCUGACUUUACGUUCCAUGGUGAUAACAUGGUAAACGUAUUGAUAUUAAAGUGAGUAAACCCCCCCAAAAGAAACACAAAAAUCCAUGGACCUGCACAACAUAGUGAACCCUGAGUUAAAUGAUGGAUUAGAUUUAAUAGUACAAUUAUAAAAAUGUGCUUUCAUCAAUUGUAACAAAUGUACCACAGCAAUGCAAGGUGUUACAAAUAGGGUGUGUUCAAAAAAAAAAAAGAAUCCAUUCUCCAGCAUAGGAGAAAAUACAGGCUCUGUGUGAGGCUUCCUACCUCAAAGUCUACCCAUUUCAUUUUUUUUAUCAAACGAUUACGUGAAAUGGUUUUUUAAAAAAGUACUAAAAAGAGUUAUAACAAAAAGAAAAUAACAGCAGUCUCUUGUUCCUCACUCCCUCCCCGCUGAUCCAUCCUAGUUCCUGCCAUAUAAAGUAACCACUUUCAAGAUUCUUUUAGCUAUUUCUUCUGGCAUUCAUCCUCUUAUUUCUAGAUAAUAUGCAAUGUAUGCUGCUUGCUCUUGAGUCAUCCAUUUUAGAGCUUGUCUCU